CAAAUUGCACUUAACAUACGGUGUAAGUGUGUGCGUGCGAGUGUGUGUGUGUGCAGUGCAGACGAAAAAGAAAAGGAACGCAUAACUGGAGCCAAAAGAGCGCGAAAAUUGAGAGGAAACGUGGUUGUGAGCAGAUGCAGCUGGCAGACAAUAUUUUAAUUUAACAAACUAAAUAGACAAUUUAUUGCAAGCGACUAAAGACAGAGCGUGCGUGAGUGUUUCUCUGACGAUCGGCAUGGCCUUGAGUUUUGUGCAGAAGCGCCUGCUGCUCGAUGAAGAUGAGGACGGUGGCCAGCAGCCACACGAGAACCAAGAGAACGUGGAUCCUCAAUGGUCGGCGAAGCGUUUCAAGAAGACAGCGGUGGAGCAAGUGAAGACGCCCAUGCAGCGCCUGCUGGAUCGUCAGAUGGUUGGGAGUGCGGAGAAAGCCGCGUUGACGCCGGUUACGGCGCUGUCCCAGAGCAUGCAGAUGGCCCAGCUGGAGGGUACACCUAAGACCUCGAUGGGGGACAGACUGCUACUGCGACACAAACGCGCCAUAGCGCCGCCAUCGCCCGAGCAGAAGACGGGUCUGACCAUGCGUGCAUUCAACAGCGUGUCGAGCUGCUGCUCCACAGACUCCAAUUCAAUGGACGAUGAGUACAUGACCAUGCUGGAGCUGCAAUCGGCCUCGACGGAGGAGGAUACACCGCUGAAAAAGCUGCCCAAUGAUUUGGAUGCGCUCAUUACGGGUCGUUUGAAGGAGGAUCCAUGCCUGAGCACUCCGGAUCAAUUGUUGCCGUUACGUUCACGAUCGCGGCGCUGUCUGAGCAUGUCCAGGAAGGAAGACAAUCCCUUGUCUCCCUUUAGCAAAACGUUGUCCAUGAACGACGCCGACAUCAUGAGUGCUCUGGCCCGUGAUGCUCAUGCCGAUGAGCCCGAACUUAUUGGAGAUCUGAGCAAGCCCUGUGCUCUACCUCUGCUUCAGGUGGGCGUGCGUCAUCCAGACUUAAAGACAAUUUCGUGUGACACUUUGGCGCGCUUGUUGCGCGGCCAAUUCGAGGAGCUGGUGACCAGCUACCACAUCAUUGAUUGUCGCUAUCCCUACGAGUACAAAGGUGGCCACAUUGUUGGCGCGAAAAACCUAUACACACACGAGCACAUUAUAGAGGCUUUUCCGGCAUUGAGAAACGCUUCCACUGUGCGUCAACAGCAGCGCAACAUUUUCAUAUUCCAUUGUGAGUUUUCCUCGGAACGUGGUCCAAAAUUUUUGCGAUUCUUGCGCAGCAACGAUCGCUCACAGCACACAAAUAGUUAUCCGCAUCUGGACUAUCCAGAAUUGUAUUUACUUCACAACGGCUACAAGGAGUUCUUCGAGCAAUAUGCCGAGCUCUGCACACCCCGCAAUUACAUUCCAAUGCUCGAGCCGUUGUACAAUGAGGAGUUUCGCCAUUUCCGUGCCAAGACCAAGUCCUGGCAGUCAACAGAUCACGAUCAUAAUGGCAGCAGCGCCGGUGGAGUCGCAACCAACUCGCGUCCGCUUAAGAAAUCACGCUCGCGUUUACUCUACUCGGAAUUUUAGAAAAUUCAGUUAGAAAAUUUAAAUAUUAGUCUCAAAAGUUUCCUUAUAACUAUAAGUUUUAAAUUCCUAAGUAGUUAGCCAUCCACGUCUUAAGAAAGAACAAACAAAGAGAGUAAUGAAUAAUUUAGUUUUUAGUUUAGUGGCGUUUUGAAUGGCACGUAAUUUUAUGUAUUUUAUGCGUUCUACAGUUUCAAACGGUAUUCAGCGCAAACUGGUUCCUUGUAAUACCUAGAAGAAAGGAAUGGAAUUUAUUUAAACAAACUUAUACUAAAUUGUUCUGUGAGUACACCCUUGGCCUCUAGUCAAAGCGCCCCAGUUCGACAAUUCCAAAUGAACGGUUGUGUUAUUAUCUAAAGAAAAACAAUGAUAUUUAUAUAUAUACAUAUAUCUAUGUGAACAAAAACAAAUUAAACUUGUGAUAUAAAAUGUCCAACUCAUUUAAAUAUUUGUAAGAGAAUCACCCUUCAUUAUAAUUAUUACACAAUAAA